GCCCAGGGAGGGGGCGGGGCGAGGGUUGCCAAGGCAACGGGGUCGCCCCGCCUCCGCCCGGGGGCACGGCCCCUCCUCCGGCUCCCUUGAGUCAGAGCAGUGGGGAUUUCAGUGCCGGGCAGUCCCGGGGUUCCCCGUGCGCCCGGCCCGGACGCCUGGGCUCUCUUCCAGCCCCGGCCCCGGCUGCCCGCGGGGCACCGGCGGCCUCGGCCUCCAGAGCUGGGUGCGAGGCCCGGGGCCAUGCGGUGUCGGCCGCAGCUGCGAGGCCCCGUGUGACAAGACACGUGCCCGGCUCCGUGCCUCAGUUUCCCUCUCUCCAGGCAGGGCGACCCGCCCUUUGCCAGCGGGGUCUGGGGACCCCCUGGGCCGCGGGGCUGAAAGGGACCUCGGAGGUAGCCCAGCCCAAACCUCCGCCCGAGGCAGGACGGUCCCUGUGCCAGGCAUCCCAUGCAGAGCCAGCGUCCAGCCUCUCACCCUGAUGCGACCCCAAACCUAACACCAGCACCUGCCAUGGCCUCGCCCUCACGUCUGCACUGCCCCUGGCAGGGCAGGGUCCUGAUCCCAGUAGGAUCUGUGCAGGACCCCUGGGUUCUCUUCCAGCCCCUUCCAUCCAGCUCCGCAGCCACAACUGCCCUCCCAGAGAGCCCAGGUGGCCAGGCAUCCCCUGUUCUAGCCCACCAGCCCCUGCCACAGCUGACCGUAGGGCAGGCACAUGCCAGGCAGUCUCACUGAGGUCUGGGUGCAGGACUCGGAGACCAUCAAGUCCUGGCUGCAGCCCCUAGGCCUCAUGUAAUGAUGAGACUGGUUCCCUCCAUGCCUCAGUUUUUCCGCCCUCAGGCAGGACAAUCCAUCCUUGCCAGCUGAGCCUGGGAGAUUGAGGCUACAGGGACCCUCUGAGAAUUAAAAAGCAGUGGAAGAAGUGGCUUCCACUGAUCACCCAGUCCAGCGCCUGCCUGAGGCAGGAUGGCCCCUACCUCAGCCAUCCUGUACAAACCCAUUGUCCAACCUCUCAGCAAAGCCACCCAAUCCACCCUGGCACAACACAAGUCCUGACACCUCAGGGGCCCAAUUUCAGUCAGGAUCUGUGCAGCCCCAGACAUGAGGGCCCUGAUCUUAACACCACUGCCACUGACAGCAGUGUGGCCUCCCUUCCCUCACAGCCCCUGCGUUGGGUCAGUUUGCAGCCACCCCACUUCCCCUGUUAGAUGGGGAAGUACAGGUUUUCCAUGGAGGAUGAUGGCUCAUUUCCUGGAGCCGGGUGCAGACAGCGUCCCGGGUGCUGCAGAGCCAUCCUACCCCUCCAGUUCCGCUUUGCUGGCUCCUGUUGCCCACCAUGCCGCUAACACUGCCUCUCCUGCUCUUGACUGUCUCCCUGCCCAAGCCAUCCAUUUUCUGGAACCAGGCCCCAGGGGCCGAGGGUGUGUACCAGCUCCACUGCUCGGCCCCAAGGGAUUUCACAGGUGCCUGGUUCAUCCUGCACCGGGACAGUACCCCAGGCCCUGUGGCUGAGGAGCAGGCCCCAGCAGAGGGAUCAGAGGUCACAUUCCUCCUGCCUUACAUCAGCCCGGGUGAACAGUACCGCUGUAGCUAUCGGGCCUGGGACGCAGCAGGGGAGCAGAUGGAAUCCCUGCCCAGCGACCCCACUAACAUCACCAGUGGCCGCUUCCCCAAGCCCUCCAUUGCUGUCAGGCCUGGCACAGAGGUUCUGCCGGGCCAGGCAUGGACAAUCCGGUGCUGGGCCCCAUAUCCAGGCAUGAGUUUCGUCCUGUAUCGGCAGCGGGAGUUCUGGAGGGAAGAGGCACCCCGGGGUGAGCCUCCCACAGCUGAGUUCCACCUGAGCAAAGCAAGUGCUGCUGACACAGGGAGAUACACCUGCUACUACCACACUAUGGCUGAGCCCUUCGUCUGGUCCAAUGCAAGUGACCCCGUGGAACUGAGAGUCACAGAUGUUCCCAGUGCCCAGGAGAAGCUUGUGGACACAGCCGGGAAGCUCCGGGUGAACUGCUCCAUGCCCUUUACUGACUCUGUAGGGGGCUGGUUCUACCUCUACCGUGAUGGAGAUCCGCUGCCCCUGGCCUGGAUCACAGCUUUCCCGGGGGAUGAUGCUCCAGCUGGCUUCAAUCUCCCUGAGGAGGAGGCUCUGAGCCCUGGGGGGGUCUUCAUCUGCCGCUAUGGUAUGGAUGAGCUUGAGGCCAGAGCCAACAUGACUCUCAAUGAUACAGACACACGGACCCAAGGCUCACACAUCCAGGACACUGACUACACCAAGUCCAAUGUGGUGCGGCUGGGGCUGGGGGCAGUCAUUCUCCUGCUGGCCCUGCUCUUUGUGACCCAUGCCUGCUGGGAGGAGAGAUGCCCAGAGAGCUGAGCCUGGUAAGCAGGUCCAGAGACAGUUAUGCUGGGGACUUCAGUAUCCUCUGAAGAGCUGGGAUAAAACCCAGGUGUUCUGACAGGCCCCCACAAACAGCUGGAUUUUUGUUUUUGCUUCCUGCCAUGGGCUGGGCACUGAGACCAUACCAGCUUCUGUCUCUUACUGGAUCCCUGAUCCUCUCCACCACCUCUUUGGAGAGCACAUGGAUGUAGGGAGGGGGCUGUCCCUUUCAUGUUCCUAGCUCUCCUCUUCUGCUACCCCCAGUGCUGCAUGCAGUCUGGGAUGUAGGUGGGAAGGAGACAAGAGCUGACACUCCAUUGAUCAUGGGCAGCUGGACCCCCUCUUAGGGAAGCUGUAUGUGUGGUGGAGGAAGGGGAGAUGAGGGAGAUGUCUCUUGUUUCCAUGCUGGCCCCCAUGACUGUGUUGUUUCUCUCUACCUGCAGAGGUUCAUAGACCUGGCAAUGCAGCUGACAAAAGGAGAAUACUGCUCAGCCCAAACAGCCCUCUGCCAGGGUCCCCACCCCCUAAGGCCCAGAGGAAUCACCUCUGGGGCUUCUAUCAGUCUGAGCCAUGCCCUCCACAAGAUAUCCCUGCUAGGGUGUCCUCAGUCUGAGCUUUCCCAGCUCCCUGCCCACUUCACUACUGUCAUUCUCUUCAGCUCGGGUUUCUGUGGCCCUAUCUCCCCAGACUCUGCUGCAACCUGGCUGCUGCUGCCCAAAUCUGUCUGGAAUGGAGGCUCAGGGCGGAAGGCCUGGAGUCACCAGCUUCUCCACAGCUUAAGGCCUGCAGGUCUCCCAGCUAGGAGAGGAUAAGCCUGGAUAGGGGAAAGGAAAGCAGUACUUACAUGGUACUUCUCACUGCCCCUGUGUUACAUGAACAAGGGACAAGGCCUUAAUAAAGACAAAGGGAUGCCUCAGGGUA